CUAAUUUCAGGCAAUCCUCGAUGUGUAUAUAUAUCCACGUACUGCUAUUUAAAGUGAACCAACGCAUUGAAGACAUUCAAGUUUGUUAAAUGGAUACUUAUUUGAAGCUCAAACUCACCGAAGGAUAGAAAAACGUCAAGGAGCCUGAAGGAUGUCUGUGUCCAUGACCAGGGCUGAUGGGGUCACUGUUAUGACUGUGACCUCUGACUCCCAAAAUGUUUGUCCUCCGCUGUGUCAAAUCAUCAGUAGAUGUUGCUACAGCCGGGCAUGCUGCUCUGUGUCUCAGCACCUCAGGAGGAUCCAGGGAUCUUCUCAGUCAUUGCUGGGGGCUCUGCAAAUUAUGGUUGGGUUGCUCACCAUCGGCCUCGGAGUGUUGCUCUGCAGCUCUCAUAGUGCCACGUGGUUUUUUAUGGAACGCACCUUGUUUCCUCUUUGGUUUGGUGGAGUGUGUAUGUUGUUUGGCAGCAUGUGCAUUUUGUCUGAGAAGUGCCCCAGUCGAUGUCUGGUCAUCAUCAAUGUGAUCUUGAAUCUAUCAGGAGUUGCUGUUACCAUUGCAGCCAUCGUGUUCUACAGCGUCAGUUUAGCAAAUACAGGGCUGUACAUGGACUGUAGAAACAGGUAUGAUUAUUAUGGACGCGGCAGACACUCUCCUACUGAUGAUCCAUCUCCUGGGGACAGGAUCAUCAUGCAGAAAUGUGAGGAGGGCUUAGAACUGAUUCUGUUGCUUGUGACAGGCAUAAAUUCUAUACUUAUUAUCCUGUCCACGCUGGAGCUCUGCCUCCUCAUCAGCUCCGGCAUCUUGGGGAUCAAGGCUCUGAGGUAUCGUGUACCAGGAGAAAACCAGGAAAGUGUUGUCCCUCCACUCUACGAUCCACAGUGGAAGGAAGUCCCCAGUGACCCCACAGCCUAAAUACAUUUUUCUACUAGGUACUAUAAUCCUGUGCAUUUACACCAUUGAUUCUGUGUUCUGUAAUGUCAAUGGUUUACACAUAUUCAGCUGUUACAGUCUGACAGACUUCUGUCAUUUUUCCUACAACUGUUGCUUUAAAAUGUUUGCAGUUGUAUUUUAGAUUAUUUUUUAUAAAAUAUGCACUUAACAUACGGUGCUGUUAAUUUCAUUUUCUGUUGAUUGUUUUUUUAAACUGUUGGAUUUUUCUCUCGAAUAAUGUGCCUUGUAGUCAGUAUGUUUGUGGCUAAAACGGAGUUAAAUUCAAAUGCAUGCAAAUUACUGUUUACAAUAUUAAGCCAUACAUAUAUUUUUGUGAUGAAUUUCUGCUUUGUACUUUUUACAUUACUGUUAAGAUGAAUAAAACCUAAACGUAUAA